GUACUUCUAAGAUUAUAUUCCCGAGAGCAAUCAGUUGAGUGUUUUGUUUUUGUGGGGAGUCGAGGCGCAGGGAGCGAUAGGUUCAGUCUGAUUCGUAUACUCAAUACAACCGGAAGAGUUUACCGGCGAAUGCAAUUGCAAUACGGCCGGAACUUAACUACAAUUCCUAGCUGAUCGCUGAUGAUAGGGAAUAUGGAAUCUCAAUGGAAUCGUUGGAUCUUUGUGGCCAUUUUGGGACUAGCCUUGGGGCAGAUGGCACAGGCAGCCAAGAUCCUGGUACUGUUUCCCCAUGCCAACGAGGGUCACUUUGCGGUGAUGCGGACUCUGGUCACCGAAUUGGCCAAUCGAGAGCACACAAUUGAAGUCUAUACCGGUCAUGGUUUGGGCGAGUCACUGGAUAACGUGACUGAAACGGUGACAGCGGAAUUUCCCUUUUGGAGCGAGUUGCAAAAUCUGGCGGCGCCAAAGGGAAACCUCGCUGAUCUUGGUCGCCUACCGUUGGAGAAACUCCGGCAGUCAUUGGCCAACGUUGGAGCCCGGUCGUUGGACCACUUCCUCGCCCAGGAGCCCAUCCAAAAGCUGCUGAAGAUGUCCUACCUUGAGUUCGAUUUCGAUGUGAUCCUAGUGGACUACUUUUACACGGAGGCGCUGUUGGCACUUGGAGCUCUUCAUCAGCGGCCUGUUGUGGGCAUCAUUUCCACGGAUUUCGGCAACUAUAUGGAUGCCGUACAGGAGGCACUGGUACCUGCCGCUUGUUCACCCAUCGAUUUUGAGCGGGAUCAGCCCCAAAUGGGCUUCUCUGAGAGAUUCGGAAAUAUCCGUACAUGUAUUGCCCGCCGUAAGCAGUUCAUCAACGAUCACUACGGCGGUCAGGAGCAAUUGGUGACCAAGUACUUCAAGCUGCAGAGCUCGAUCUCCGAGCUGCAGGCCAGCCAGCUAUCCGUGCUGCUGCUGAAUAGUCAUGUGCCAUUGAUAACUCCCAGAGUUAGUAUCCAACAGAUAGUUCCCGCCGGUGGACUUCACAUCCGGGGUCCCAAGGAGCUGCCCUGGAAUGUGAAGCGCUUCCUGGAGGAGGCGCGUCCUGGAGUCCUCUACGUUCAACUGGGAAACGAACAGGCUUGUGGCCAGUUACCCAAGGAGAAACUCGAUACCCUGUUUGCCUUCUUCUCCGCCAGAAAGCAGAGUAUUAUCUGGACCUGUCACGACGUCAAGACCCUGGAGGGAUUGCCAAAGAACGUGAUGAUCCAGCAUGCUGUGCCGCAGAUAGACAUCCUGGCGCACCCGAGAGUCAAGGCUUUCCUAACCAAUGGAGACCUCCUGAACCUGCAGGAGGGCAUCAUGCGCAAUGUGCCCAUUCUGGGAUUGCCCCUCUUCCAGCACGAAAGGCGGAACAUGGAGCUAGCCGUGGGAUUGGGAGUGGGUCUACAGCUGGAUGAGGGCAAUGUGACUACUGAGUCAUUAAACUGGGCAGUGGACAAGCUACUCCACGAGUCACACUUCCAGUUGACCAUCCGGGAAGUGUCCCUGGAGUUCAGGGACCGUCCCCUUGGCGCUUUGGCCAGCGCUCUCUUCUGGGUGAACUACGUGGCCCGGCACAAGGGAGGAGCGGCGCUGAGGACUCGAGGCAUUGGAAUCUCCUCCUGCCAGCUGCACCUGUUCGACCUCUUCGUUUUCUAUGCCGGAGUAGCUACUUUAGUCGUAACCUUGCUGGCGGCCCUGAGUUUCGGCGGCAUUUACAUUUGGAAUAAGAAAAACAAUUCCAAGUCAACCAAAGUAAAUUAGGUUUAAUUUCUUAAAUAAAGUGCACAUUGAGCAGUUUUUGAUGC